AUGGGGCCUGACUGGGAAGGUGUGGCCACAAACCUUGGUCCAGAGGAAGUGCCUGGGGACAUGUGGCUGCCCUGCCUGGGAAGGGGCAUGAUGGCUGCCCAGAUGAGCAAGGCAUCAGCUCUGGCCCCUGGGGUCCCAGUGGUGGGUGAGCCCAGCUCUGAGACCCCUGGCCAGCGCUUCUGGGGAUUCUGCUACCAGGAGGUGGCAGGUCCCCGUGAGGCCCUGGCUGAGCUCCGGGAGCUGUGCCGCCAGUGGCUGCGGCCCGAGGCGCACUCCAAGGAGCAGAUGCUGGAGCUCCUGGUGCUGGAGCAGUUCCUGUGUGCGCUGCCCCCUGAGAUCCAGGCCCGUGUGGAGGGACAGCGGCCAGGCAGCCCUGAGGAGGCCGCUGCCCUGGUCAAGGGGCUGCGCCAGGAGCUGGCCAGGCCAGAACUCCAGGCUGAAGAGGGGCCAGGGGCACCAGCUCAGGAAAGAGGACAGAAGCAAGGUCCAGUCCCCAGGACAGUGGGCCCAGCAGGUGGCUCUAGUGAAUGCGACACUCCCUGGAUUGUGCUGAAGACUGACACAACAGACCCCUCUGAGGGGGCUGCAUCUGGAGGCCUGGGGGCCUGGGAAGACCCCACAGAGGCAGAGGACCAGGGGGCCUCCAGAGGGAAGCUGGAGCCUGCAGACGGUGGGAGAGACUGGGUGGGGACCAGGAGCAUCCGAGAAGACCUGGUGCCAAGCCCCUUGCCUCUCCCCAGGGAGCCGGCCUGCCGGUGCAGUGAGUAUGGCAAGGCGUUCAGCCAGAGUUCCUACCUGGUGCAGCACAGGCGAGUGCACACGGGCGAGAAGCCAUACAUGUGCACCGAGUGCGGCAAGGCCUUCACCUGGAGCUCCAACCUCAGCCAGCACCAGCGCAUCCACACAGGCGAGAGGUCCUACGCGUGCCGGGAGUGUGGCAAGGCCUUCUGCGUGCACUCGCAGCUCAUCCACCACCAGAAGACGCACAGUGGCGUGAAGCCCUUCCGCUGCCCAGACUGUGGCAAGGCCUUUGGCCGCAGCACUACACUGGUGCAGCAUCGUCGCACACACACGGGUGAGAAGCCCUAUGAAUGCUCCGAGUGCGGCAAAGCCUUCAACUGGAACUCCAACUUCCUGGAGCACCGGCGUGUGCACACGGGUGCACGGCCCCACACCUGCUCUGCCUGCGGCAAGGCCUUCAGCCAGAGCUCCAAUCUGGCGGAGCACCUGAAGAUCCACGCGGGCACACGGCCGCACGCAUGCUCCGAUUGUGGCAAGGCCUUCCUGCGCGUGGCGGGCCUGCGGCAGCACCGGCACACACACAGCGGCGAGAGGCCCUUCGCCUGCGCGGAGUGUGGCAAGAGCCUCCGCGAGAGCUCGCAGCUGCUGCAGCACCAGCGUACGCACACGGGCGAGAAGCGCUUCGAGUGUGCAGAGUGCGGCCAGGCCUUCAUCAUGGGCUCCAGUCUGGCUGAGCACCAGCGCGUACACACCGGCGAGAAGCCCCACGUGUGCUCCCAGUGUGGCAAGGCCUUCAGCCAGCUCUCCAACCUGCUCAGCCACAAGCGCAUCCACUCUGGUGCCAAGCCCUAUGCCUGUGCCGACUGCGGCAAAGCCUUCAAGGGCAGCUCGGGCCUGGCACACCACCGGCACGCGCACACCGGCGAGCGGCCCUACGCCUGCCGCGACUGUGGCAAAGCCUUCCGCGGCAGCUCGGAGCUGCGCCAGCACCAGCGCGUGUACUCCGGACAGAAGCCGUUCGUCUGCGCCGAUUGCGGCAAGGCUUUUGUGCGCAACUCCGAGCUCGUGAGCCAGCGGCGCACGCACACGGGCGAGCGGCCCUAUGUGUGUAGUGUGUGCAGCAAGCCCUUCAGCCACCGCUCCAACCUCAGUGAACACCAGAAGCGACACGCGGUUGGUGCCGCGCCCUGA